AUGUCGACAACGGACUUAUUGAAAUUUCAAAAGAAUCUCGAGGAACGGGAGAAAGCCUUAGCGGAAAGGGCUAAGCAGCAGGAACAUCAGAGAAGCUUAUUGGUUAUGGAAAGUCAGCAAUUAGCUCAAGCAAGAGCAGAACUUAUGGCAGCAUCAAAAAAAGAAGAGCCACAAGUUAUUCACACCAUUGUUAGAGGUACAGUUGGUAAUAUUUCCGAGUUUUCUUUGAAAGAAGAUUGGACGAGAUGGUUCGAGCGGGUAGUGCUCUACUUUACCGGUAACGAAGUACCGAGUGAGAAACAAGUACCGCUUUUCCUUACGUUAUUGGGAAGCGAAGGUUAUGAAUUUCUUUGUAAUUUGUGCAUGCCGGAAAGGCCGGCAAAUCUCACAAUUGAACGUCUCGCGGAAAUUAUGCGGAAUCAUCUGCAGCCACAACCAAGUACGAUAGCACAGCGUUACAAAUUCAAAGAAUGUAAGCAGCUAACAGGCGAGGACAUCAAGACGUAUCUCGCAAAGCUUAAGAAGCUUUCCACGCAUUGUCACUUUGAAGAGCAGCUGGAAAAUUGCAUCCGGGACCAGUUCGUAUGGGGUCUGGCCAGUGAGAGGAUCAAGAAGAGGCUUCUGGCUGAGCAACAGUUAACGUAUACCAGAGCAGUGGAAAUCAGCACUAGUAUGGAGAUGGCCGAACGAGAUGCGGCAGACAUGGCUAAUUCAGUGAACAGCACAGGCAACGCACUCAAUGUUAUCAAUAAGCAGAAAAAGGUUUUGCAGACGGUUACAUGUUUUUGUUGUGGGAAGAAAGGUCACAUGGUAAAAGAGUGUCAUUUUAAAGGGUAUUCUUGUAAUUCGUGCGGGAAGAAAGGACAUUUAGAGUCAGUUUGUAAGGUUAAGGCUUCAAACAAAGGCGUGAAGGAAUCGAAAGACAGUAAUGAUAGUCUAAAUAAUUUAUAUGGUAAUAAGGGUAACGUGAAUAAUAUAAUUGGUUGUAUCGAACCAUUAAAAGUUAACCUGGAGGUUGGUAAUAAGUUUUUGUCGUUUGAAAUAGAUACAGGAUCACCGAUUUCGGCAAUUUCGAAGAAAGAUUUCGAUAGACUUAGACCGUUUGAGAAUGCGGUAGUGUUGGGAAGUUCGCAAACUUUUAAGGCUUAUACAGGUAAUCCAAUAGUUCCUCUAGGCAUAUUGAAGGUUAAGGUAACUUUUCAAAAUAGAAGCAAGGUUCUUGAAUUGUUUGUCUUACCAGGUAAAAGCGCACCUAUUGUUGGUCGUAAUUGGCUUAAGGCCUUAGAUAUUAUUCAAUUUGAUGUGGCAUCUGAAAAAUUGUCAGUCAGGACAGCUAAUGAAAAACAAAAUGAUAUUUGUAAAAGAUUUGAGUCACUUUUUUCUAAUGAAAUUGGAUGUUAUACGAAAAAGAAAUUUAAAUUGCAUCUCAAAGAAGGGGUUAGUUCGGUAUUUUGUAAACCAAGGCCGGUACCUUUCGCGUUAAGGGCGAAAAUUGAAAAUGAAAUUGAUCGUUUAGUUAAAGAUGGUAUUUUAGAAGCAGUUGAAUAUAGUGAUUGGGCAACACCGAUUGUGCCAGUGCCAAAAGUUAAUGGUCAGAUUCGCUUAUGCGGAGAUUAUAAGGUUACGUUAAAUCCUCAUUUAUUAGUGGAUAAACAUCCUAUUCUGAGAGUAUCGGAUUUGCUUACAAAGCUAAGUGGAGGUACGGUAUUUACCAAGUUGGAUUUAGCUCAGGCUUAUCAACAAGUAGAGUUGGAUGAGGAAUCAAAGUUACUUGUCACAAUAACAACUCAUAAGGGGUUAUUUAAAAGUAAUCGUUUAAGUUAUGGUGUAGCGUCAGCACCAGGGUUAUUCCAGCGUGAAAUGGAUAUAAUUUUUCAGGAUUUGGAUAAAGUGGCUAUUUUCUUCGACGAUUUAGUAGUUACAGGAGCUACUCGUGAAGAGCACGAUAGAAAUUUAACGUGUGUCUUGAAAAGGUUACAAAAUUGUGGUUUAACGCUAAGUAAAGACAAGUGUGCGUUUGCACAAAGUAAUAUAGAAUUUUUAGGAUUCGAGUUAAAUGCACAGGGCAUACAGGCGUCGAAACUUAAGUCAUUUCUGGGUAUGAUUAAUUAUUACUCGAAGUUCAUUAAGGAUUAUUCUGAUUUGUUGAGCCCAUUGUAUAAACUUCUUAGGAAAGAUAAGAAAUGGUGUUGGGCAAAGGAACAAGAGUUAGCUUUUAAAAAGGCAAAGGAGCGUUUAGCAUCUAGGGAGAUUUUGAUACAUUAUAGUUCAGAUUAUCCUCUGAAAAUUACGUGCGAUGCGUCUCCUGUUGGUUUGGGGGCGGUAGUGUCGCAUAUUCUCCCAGAUGGAUCGGAUAGGCCGAUAGCUUAUGCAUCAAGGGUUUUGUCAGUAGCUCAAAGAAACUAUUCGCAGUUGGAUAGAGAAGCAUUAGCUCUUGUUUUCGGAGUAAAAGCAUUUCAUCAGUAUGUCUAUGGACGUAAUUUUAUUUUGGAAACAGAUCAUAAACCGCUUACAUAUAUUUUUGGUCCGAAGAAAGGUAUUCCACAGAUGGCGGCUAGUCGAGUACAAAGAUGGGCAGUGAUUUUAGCAGGUUAUGAUUUUACAAUUAAGUACAUUAAAGGUCAAGAUAACGGUCCUGCCGAUGGUUUAUCGAGGGUUAGUAUGAAGGAUACUAGUCAAGCGACUGAGUCAAAAGAUUUACAGGUUCAUAAUUAUUUAAAGGCAAUAAGUGAAGAAUUGCAAAAUUUGGAUAGUAAGGCGGUUCGUAAGGGAAUUAGCAAAGAUGCUCUCUUGAGUAAAGUCAGGAAUUUUGUUAUGCAGGGAUGGCCUGAUAAAGUGGAAAAAUGUUUUGAACCUUUUUGGAGUCGUCGUUUAGAGUUAUCGGUGGAGAAUGGAUGUAUAAUGUGGGGUUAUCGCGUUGUUAUUCCCCCGUCCUUAAGAGCGGAAUUGCUUGAGAAGUUGCAUGGAAUUCAUUUAGGGGUAGUUAAAAUGAAGGCGUUAGCUCGAUCGUAUUUUUGGUGGCCAGGUCUAGAUAAGGAUAUAGAGGAGAUCAUUAAAAGUUGUAAAGGGUGCUUAGAGAGCGCCGAUGAUCCUCCUAAAAGUACAUUGCAUGUUUGGAAGUGGCCUCAAGGGCCAAACCAUCGUAUACAUUUAGAUUUUUGUGGACCAAUUGGGGGCCAUAUGUAUUUAGUUAUAACAGACGCUUAUUCAAAAUGGAUAGAUAUUAAAGAGAUGAAAGAUAUCUCAGCGGAAUCUACAAUUAGAGCGGUGAAAGAAUAUACCAGUACAUGGGGAGUGCCAUAUCAGAUCGUUUCGGAUAAUGGUCCUGCGUUUGCGAGCGAACAGUUUAAAGAAUUCGUAUCGCGGAAUGCUAUUAAGCAUACUAAAACAGUACCAUAUCAUCCUGCGUCUAACGGAACGGCCGAGAACGCUGUACGUACGUUUAAAAGAAAGUUUAAAUUGUUACUUAAAGACUAUACGAGACAGGAUGAGUUAUGUAAAUAUUUGUUUCACUAUAGAGUGACACCUCAUUGUACUACCGAAAAGUCACCAGCAGAGUUACAGUUAAAUAGGCGUUUGCGAACCAGAUUAGAUAUUAUUAAACCCGAUAUUAGAAAUAGAAUAGAGUCAAAGCAGAGGGAUCAGCAACGAUUCUUCAAGGGCAACCGUACAGUUACGUUCGGAGAAAAUGACUCCGUAAUGGCUAAGGAUUUCAAAACAAGGUCGUGGAGACAAGCGGAAAUCGUGGAGCAAACUAAUCCGGUUUCCUAUAAUGUUAAAACAGAUGACGGACGGAUAUGGAGACGUCAUACCGAUCAAUUGCGAGCUUGUAAUUUGCAAUUACCUGAGUCACAAGCGUGCGAAGACUCAGCGCGACCUAGCGAUUUCGUUAUUUCGAUUCGAAAGAAUUCGAUUAAUCCUAAUGUUUUGGAAGAACAUAGAAAGAGUGUUCUUACACCAGGCAAAAAGGUGUUAGUUAAAUCUAGUGUUUUAGAUACUCCAGUGGAAGGACUACGACGUUCAAGUCGUGUACCGAAACCUAGGAAGGUUUUAGACUUGUAA